GCACCUUCCAUUUCGAAUUUUACCACUUCACAAUCCCAAUUCUCCAAUUGCAUAAGCGAGAGAAGAAGAAGAAGAAUCAACAAUGAAGCCGAUGGUAGUAGACUAUUUAGCAGACAUGGAAGAACAAGGAUCAACAAUGGCGAUGGACGUUGAUGACGUGGACACAAUCGACAUGUUCGGCGAAGGUCCACUCGGUGGCGGCGAACACCUCCGUCUCGCCGACUCCGACUUCUUCAAUCUCUUUCAGGAUGAUUUCGAUGACUCAGAUAUCAACUAAAUCUAUUAACUAAAACUCUUCCUUUCCUAAAAAAACAACUAUAUGUGAUGUUUCCUCUCCCUUCUAGGGUUUACUCUUGCCUAUGGUACGUUGUACUUAAUUUUCUGAAGGAAUAAAGCAAUUUUUUUGGAUGCUCUAGAAAUUUUAUCAUAGCUUGCUUAUUCACAUCGA